AUACGGUGCGCUUCAAUUGUGAAUUUUUCUUUUUCAUUUAGAAGAAUAUAUUAUUUUUGUUUCAUUCAAUUCUUUGUUAAAUAUUACAAGUAAUAUUUGAACGGAUAAAAGACAGCUUUUACAAAAUUUGUAAUGUUUUAUGUUUAGUAUAUCGAGCUACGAGCUAGUCAAUACAUAUUUCGUGUUUUGUCUAACACGACAGUUUAACAAUACUUUUUUCAUGAAUUAAAUUGUACGCAAAUUUUUUUGGAAGGAUUUCUGCGGAAGGAUUCCUGUGAAAGGAUUUAAACAUCCUUGUAUUAGAAUAGUAAAUUUUUUAAUAAUGUCUAUCGCAGAAUUUCUGAAAGGACUUCCUUCGCACGAUGAAAAUAACUUUGCGAACUUUCAUACUGACAAUGGAAAUCGUACCUGUGUUAAAAGACCAUCAGUCUAUCUUCCAACGAAAGAUUAUCCACCAGAACAAAUCAUAGUUACAGAAAAGACAACUAUACUUCUAAGGUAUCUUCAUCAGCAAUGGGAUAAAAAGGUAUCAAUCCAGAAAAGAAAAGAGAAUAUUUAUCGAGUAAUGGCGAUGAACAGGAGGAGGGUAGGGCAAUUCGCAUAAAAAGGCCGCGGAUAGAUAUAAAUAAUACCCUUUAAAUGACACACCGAGCAUUCUUACUUUCUACCUAUGACAGCGUACAUUUAUACGG